CUCCUCCCCUUGGAGGCUCGUCGGCGGCCAUCGCCCGUGGCAAAUCACUGUUUUUAGUCCUGAUUCCAGCACCCACCAUUCCUCCCCACCUAACUCCUCACCUGCAUCCCCUGCCUUGCUUUGUAGGCCGCGGCCCGGUUCGCAAGGACGACCUAACCCCCUUCUGAGUUCCCCUCCUCCCGCUGAUGCAUACGGGAAGGUUAAUUCGAAACCUGCGGAGGAGGGUCGAGCGUCUUCUCCGACUCCGGCCGACCACCGGCCCCUUCUGUUGGUCCCGGUGAGCCUGCCCGCUUAUCUUCCACCUGUUAAUGUAUGUAGAGCUUCCGGGGUGUCGCCGUGUGUGCUUCCUGUCGACACCGUGCUGAUAAUAAUCGUGAAACCACCACGUUCACAUGGCAUUGCUCCAUAGGAUACCCACAAGGUGCCCCAUCGCCAUGUGGCCAUCACUGUCACAUCCCAUCUCUUCCUGUCAAUGCAUGGCUAACUGGAACUCUGGAAGGGAAAAGUUUCCCCAUUUCCCCAGAUCCGUUUGAAAACUGAGGCCGGGGCACCUAGAAUUCUUGAAUGCGUCCAAAGAAAAUGACACCACAUACUCUUUCCAUCUCUUGUUAAAUGGGAUGCCACCUAGUUGCUCAAAUCACACCACACACUCUCAAUUCCUCAGCAACAUCCUCCUGCCCUCGUUGUCCAGCUCGCAGAUGCCUCAGCUUCUCUGUAGCAGGAGGUCAGGCUGACCAAAUCUCGAGCGAGAGAGAGAGCUAUGGUGGUCGUGGAUGCCUCCACGGGGGUGAUGAACGCCCUGCUGUGCAAGCUCUCCAAGCUGCUGGAGGACGAGUACUCCAGGCUCAAAGGCGUGCGCCGUCAGAUAACUUUCCUCAGGGACGAGCUGAGCAGCAUGAACGCCGUACUGGAAACUCUCGCCGACGCGGAGCAGCUCGACCCUCUCAAGACAGAAUGGCGGGACAAGGUGCGCGAGCUCUCCUACGACAUCGAGGAUUGCAUCGACGACUUCGCGGACCGCGUCGGCGAUGACCGUGGCGAGGAGCUGCGGACAGGCCUCAAGGGGUUCUUCAGCAAGCUGAGGAAUCUCAAGGCCCGCCGCGAGAUCGCCGGCGAGAUACAGCAGCUCAAGAUCCGCACGGUCGAGGCGAGCGAGCGGCGCAGGAGGUAUGAUUUUCUUGAGCCGGCGCCGAGAUCUGGCGCUUCUUGUGCCAUCGACCCUCGGCUGCCGGCGUUGUACGAGGAUGCGGCUAGGCUUGUGGGCAUCGAUGGCCCCAAGGAGCAUAUCCUUGGCUGGUUCUGCAAGGAGAAGGAGCAUGAUGAUCUCAAGGUGUUGCCGAUUGUCGGCUCAGGAGGCCUUGGCAAGACCACUCUUGCAAACCAAGUGUACUGCCAGUUAAAAGGACAAUUUCAGUGCAUGGCUCUUGUGUCGGUGUCUCGGAAUCCAAACAUACAGAAGAUUUUACGGCAAAUGCUCACCGAAUUUGGGAUCAGCGGUGGUGCACUGGAUGACGAACGGCAACUCAUCGACAGGAUAAGAGACCACCUCAAAGAUAAAAGGUACUUGGUUGUAAUUGAUGAUGUAUGGGACGUCGAAGCAUGGAAAGCUAUCAGGCUUGCUCUGUUCAAUAAUAAGUGUGGUAGCAGAAUCAUCACCACAACGCGUAACGCUGCCGUCGCGUCAUAUUGCUCAGGUGACAGCAGUUAUGUUUAUCAAAUGGAGUCCCUUAAUUCUGCUGACUCCAGAAGGCUAUUCUUUAAAAGAGCAUUUGGUUCCGAAGAAGUGUGCUACCCUCACCUGGAAGAAGUUUCUAACCAGAUAUUGGCAAAAUGUGGUGGACUUCCAUUGGCGAUUAUAACCUUAUCCAGCUUGUUAGCUGACAAGCAUGCAAAAGAUGAAUGGAACAGGGUGCUGACAGCUAUUGGCUCGGCACUUGCAAAUGAUCCUAAUGCUGGGAACAUGACAAAGAUAUUGUCUCUGAGCUAUUUUGAUCUUUCUCACCAUGUGAGAACCUGUUUGUUGUAUUUGAGUGUAUUCCCAGAAGAUCAUAGGGUUGACAAACAGCGGUUGAUAAGUCGAUGGGUCGCGGAAGGAUUCAUCCAUGAAGAACAAGGGCGAAGUGCCUAUGAAGUAGGCAAGGGCUAUUUCAAUGACCUCAUCAACAAAAACUUGAUCCAGCCAGUUGAUGUAGAGUAUGGCCAGCCCAAGGCGUGCCGGGUUCACGACAUCAUCCUUGAUUUCAUCACGUGCAAGGCUGCUGAAGAAAAUUUCGUCACGUUAUUCGAUUCCGUGGAGCAUGGACAGGCUUCAGAUUACAGGGUUCGCCGGCUUUGUGUCGAGAAUCGCAACAGCAAUAAGGUUACCAUACCAACAAGCCUGAUACUAUCCCAUGUCCGAUCACUUACUGUAUUUGGACACUGCAUGAAAGAAUCUUUGUUGACAUUCCCCACCCUUCGUGUGCUGGACCUGGGAGAAUGUUGGGAGUUAGAAAACCAUCAUCUUGCAAAUAUUGGAAAGUUGCUUCAUCUCAAGUACCUGCGUCUUGGACAAUCUAGAAUUACUGAGCUCCCCAGAAAAAUUGGAGAACUGCGAUAUUUAGAAACACUGGACAUCAGAGGUACCAGGAUUCAGGAACUGCCACCAACUAUUGCUAGGCUUCAACGAUUGGCACAUCUACAUGUUAAUCACAUGAUUAGGUUUCCAGACAGUGUGAUUGGGCAGAUGCAGAGUUUAGAAGAGGUGGAAGAUUUCGGCGUCUUCUCCUAUGAACAGGGCAAGUGUCUGCAAGAAUUCAGUCAGCUAAGUAAGCUGAGGACACUGAAGGUAGCAAAUGGUUGGUCACCUGACACAACCAAAAGGAGCCGUCUUGAGGUUAUCGAGGGUUAUCUGGGAACUUUACUGUCUUCGUGCAAUCUUCGUCAUCUCUAUUUCCUCGACAGUUAUGGCGGUGCCAGCCUUCCAGCUUACCGCUAUCCAGUGUCACUAGAAUCGUCGUGCCCUACUGAUACGUGCAUCCUUAGGAAGCUCCACAUCACAUACUGUUACAUCGACAAGGUUCCAAGUUGGAUGAGCCUGCUUGAAAACCUCAGGGAACUAAACCUUUAUAUGUUCAGUAUGGGAUCAGAAGAUGUUGCGAUUCUUGGAGCAAUUCCAUCUUUGCUUUUUCUUGAGCUGAGGACUUUCUUCGGCACCAACGGGAGGAUCGUGCUCGCCGGGUUCAGAAGCUUGAAGUAUUUCGACCUAGAAAUCUUCUGCUGCGGUACCUUGCUGGAAUUUGAAGCUGGGUCCAUGCCGAAUCUUGAGCACCUCAAGCUUGAACUCCGCGUGCACAAGAUGGAGUGCCUGAACGGCGCUUCUGAUUUCGGCAUCCACCGCCUCUCCACCCUCAACAAGGUUGAGAUCAGUAUUUAUGGCGACACCGAUGGUGUCUACGAUCUGUAUGAAGACAUCACCGUGAAAUGCGUCGCGAGCCGCCUCGAAACCGCCAUCGAGAAGCUUCCCAACCAUCCCGCUCUCUCGUUUCUACCUGGUGGAUUAUCGCCGUGUCUGCAUUUUGAAAAGUUCAUUGAAUCCUACAAUCGAAGGUAUGGAGACCCAAUGGAGUAUUGGAGGUUGUGAAAUUGAAGAGGAAUAUGGGGAGACAAGUACGAGCUGAAUAAACUUGAGCAAGAAAGUUGCCACAUGUCGCGCCGAUGCACCAGGAUGACUGAAGAAAAUGAAAAUCAAUGCCCUGAUGUUGAGAGUCUUCCUUGCUGUUGUUUCAAACUUUUCGACUCUCUGUUUAGGUCCCUACUCGCUGUCAUUUCUGUAGACGUGCUCGCCUUUUGGUCGUUGUACUCAUCGAUGCUAGAGUAGCUACGCGUUCGUAUUUUCCGUUGGAGCUACAUCUGUGGUUGUCGGUCAACCGUAUCUUAUCAGAGAUACAGGGAUUGGGGAUUGUUAUCCUGAAGCGUGGAUGCUAACGGACUUGAAUGCAUCUGUUCCGCCUGUGGUUUCCUUCAGCCA